UCACUCUAACAGUUAGACGGAGAGGUUGGAGCAUGUUAGGGAAAUAGUCUAAUUUAAAGCAAGACGGCCAGAAACAUUUGAUCGCUUACGUUUUGCAAACUCGUUUCAUUCAAUCCGUGAAGAGAACGCGUUACACCUUUUUAAAAAGAAAGAGAAAAAAUAUUCUGGAUGAGGUCGAGGACACUCUUCUUUGUGGGGAGCUCCUCCUAAAACCUUCGUUUACAAGAUUGCUGGACUUUUGAAAGGAUUUUGACUGACUGCAGUGAAUUUGGGCCUUGAGGAGGGAUAAUGGUUUCAAAACGUAUUGUAGUUGGUAUUCUCUGCCUUUUGGGCCACGCCCUUGCACGUCCAGUUAAAGAAAGGAAAGUGUUUGGAGCAAAAGGGGCGUCCAUCGCGUUGGCAUCGGAGCAGCUACCUGAGGGAACAAAGGUGAAAUCCAUCCGCUGGACACACAACGGGCAUAUAGCUGCAGAUUGGGAAAAAGGAGACGAGAGACCAAGUUAUUAUGGCAACUUUAACUCCACAACUACACUGGAUAUGAACACCUGGGCCCUGACCAUCUCAAACCUGCUGGCAUAUUUCACAGGAAAGUAUUCAUCUGAGGUGAACGACAAGGACCCAACUCGUAGUGUUAACGUUGCUGUAAUCGAUGCUGUGCCUUUGUAUGGGGAGAAAGGACAACCCAUCACUCUGGAACCAGAAGUACCAAAUGUACACGUGAAGGUUGCUGAGUGGGAACUCAACAACAUGAUCAUUGCUCGGUGUGAUGGAGGGGUGUCACAGACUCUCUAUUCGACCCUGCUGGACUGUGAAACUUUUCGUUUAAUCAUCCCAGAUCUUCUGAAAAAUCACAGUGGCUUAUACAUAUUCAAAAUUGACGACGCCAGAACAGAUAAAGCAUAUCUACUUACUGUAAGAGAUGAGUUGGCCCUCAGAAUUGCCCAAAAGUGCAACUCUACAUCCUGCACUCUAAACUGUACAGGGGCAAAUAAUGAAAACAUUGAUGUCACCUGGACUGAUAACAAAGGGAGAGAGGAGUCUGGUCCAGUUUGGGUUGUGGAGAGGAGUGAAGACCUGGAUGUGACCUACACCUGCUCCAGUGAUUCUGGGAGCUGGAUGAACAACAGCAUCUCAGAGAGAGAAUUGUUCCCAGGCUACUCAGUCACAGAGGAUGCAAAACGGAAAAUGAUCCUGGGAAUUAUGCUGGGAAUCUUCUUGCUUGGAGUUGGUGUUGGCGUUGGCGUUGGCGUUUUAUGGUACAAGAAAAGCAAAGGUGCAGUAACACGUGGUCUGCAGCAGGAUGGACAACCACAACAACCAAAUGGGAUUCCACUGUUACAAAUGAACGGUCAGUCUCAGCAGAAUGCACAACAAUCAGAUGAUGAAAAUCCACUGAAUGGAGGGAUGGGAAAUCAUGAGAACGUAUGAAGAUGCUGUGGAUCCAUUUCCCUUACAGCAGAAUGAAACCGAGGAUGAUGCAUCAGUUGCACAAACUACAGUCCUGUUUUACCUGGAGUGCCAAAAUCAGAUGUCAAAAUAGUAUUUCAGUAUUGCAGAAAAUUAGCAUUUUCAUUCGUUUUAUGGAUUAUGGACUUCCUCACCAGCAGACCAUGAAUUGCCAGAGUAGGAAACCUCAUUCUCAACCCUCCUCAUCUACAGCACAGACUUGUGUGUUUAGCCCUCUUCGAGACUCUGCACCCUCAUCCAUUAUUUUAACACACUGAUGACAACAGUGUUAGGCAAGACGGUUUUAUUUAUAGCAUAUUUCAUACAAUGGACAACUCAAUGCGCUGUACAGUGGCAAGGCAUUGGGUGCAAAGAUGAUCUCUUCAGAGAUCAUCUUUGGACAUCAGGAGAUUCAGGAUGAACUAAUAUCUUCUAUAUAAAUGGUGAAUGUCUCCACAUAAUGAACUCUGACAACCGAAGAUCUAUGUGAAAAAUCCCCAAAGUCACUGAGCACUGUUGGUACGCAGUAAAAAAAAAAAAAAAAAAAAUCGGUGCUGCCUAGUUUGAGUCGCUGCAGCCAACACCUAGAGCAGCCAGACAGCUGCAGUCUUACAUGCUGGGAGGCAUCUUUAAGCUCAUGCCCCCAGAGGCAUUUCUACUUUAGGAAACUUGAACAGACCAAACUUCCCUCUCAGUGGUAUCAUUUCCUACUCUCCUAUGGAGUGAUACACCAGCUGCACUGCUGAGAAGUGGAAAGGCUUGGACUGACUGCACAUGCUCACUGAAGUGCCUUUUAUUUAUUAACACUAAUAUUUUGAACUACUGAAGUGUACUUUUUCUAUUGGUUAUUUAUUAAAUUGAAUCUGUUUUUUUUUUUUUUUUUUUUUUUCAUGGACACAUGAAAGGGAGGUGAAGUCUUACUAGAAAAGAUUUACAAAACGCAUUACAUUCCCAGUAUUGCUAAGCUUAAAUUUGUUGGUGGUGGUGAUGACCUGUCACAACAAUUGUAUGUGUUCGAGAAGACAAAGGGAGAAUACAAUGACUGAGAAUAACGAAUUGAAUGAACAAUAUUAGCCAGUAUUGUUGGAGCAUCAAGGAACAUGGGAGGAGGGGUUCGUUAGUUCACACUAUAUGCGUAUAUACAGUAUAUACCAUUGAUGUAUGCCAUCAACCACUUAACUUUAUACAUUCUAGAUGGAAGAUGUAUAAAAAAUAACUAUUAUUUCCCUAUUGUCCUGAAGGGAAAAGUCUGGAUGUAUAAGUUUGAAUGUUUACUCAUCUCUAUUUUCUUUACUUGCUUUCUAUCGCUGCUUAAUGUGUGUUGCCAAUCAAUUCACUUUCACUGCCACGCUGGUUGAAGUAGUGCUGCUCUUAAAUGUGAUGUAUUAAGAAAUGUGAGAAAUUACCUAAGGUAGUGAUUGUUAUCUGUGAAGUGAUGAAUGUAGGUCAGCAGUAUAAAAUAUAAAUGUGCAAUAAUGGUGCAAUUAACAGUAACUCCUUCCUGGCACUGACGUCUCACUCACUGUGAAGAAGAGUACUGUACUGUAUGUGUUAAAUAGUUCAGGCACCAGAAUGAGAGGGACACCAGCAAACAGCCAUAAUGUUGUGAAAGCAACUUGUUGAGCACAAUUUAUAGGUUUGUAAAGCCACAUGGGGGAGCUGUUGACCAAAGAAAGUCUCAAGUAGUGUUUUUUAUAUAUUAUGUUAUACUUUAUAAGGGAUUGCGUCCAGAUACUUCUGUCUGAUCAAAGUUGCUGACUUUACUGCUGACUAGUCAACCAUUUCAUUGUCAUUGAAUCUGAAUGCACCGCUCAUCUCAGAUUUUUGUACUAUUAUUAUUGUUAUUAUUGACUUGUUAUGGUUUUAUUUACUAUCAUUUGUUUUAUGGGAAGUUGGGAACAUUGAAUUACUCCGGUAAGCCUUUCGUGCCUUGGGUAGGAAAUGACCAAUGCACUUAAAGCUGACUUAAGUGUUUGAAAUGUACAGUAGGCCUACUGUAUAAAUAAACUUAUUUUGAACCAA